UGUUCUACAGAAAAAGAACAAGAUAAAAAUAUCAAAGAAAAAACAUUGUGAUAAUCACAAUAACUGCUACUAGCUAGAACAGUUUUUUCAGAUAUAACAUUGUGAACAAAUGUCAUCAACAGCUAGGGAUCACAGUAUGGUUCGACGAAUGACAAACCUUCCGCGAAGCAUAAUGAGCUUCGUGGGAAUAGGAAGAAGAAGAAGAAAUCAAAAUGCCAAUUUUCCAAUGCAACAACAACCUCUAGACUCUCCACAACCACAAGAUUUUUUAGCAACUUCAGAUGAGUGGACUUUUCUAAACACUUUUGAGCAACAAUAUGGCACCAAACAUCCCUUCUUUUAUGCUUGUCGUUUCAACGAAGCUAUGAAGUUAGCCAAACAAGAUCAAAAGUUUGCGUUCGUGUAUCUUCAUUCACCGGAUCACCCUUUUGCAAACGUUUUCUGCAAGGAAACUCUGUGUUCGGAGCUAGUGAUUCAGUUUCUUGAUGUGAAUUUUGUUUGUUGGGGUGGAGUUGCAGAUAGAGGAGAGGGUUUGAAAAUGGCUUCAACAUUGAGACCUACUAGCUUUCCUUGUUGUGCUGUCAUAAGCACUGGUCCUAGUGAUAGCAUAAUGGUGCUGCAACAGGUAGAGGGACCGGUUUCACCAGCCGAGCUAGUGGAGAUUCUACAAACAACAUUGGAAGAACAAGGGGUGGCUUUUGGAAGUGCUAAAGCUAAGCGAGACGAAAAGAUCCAAGCAGAUCGUAGGUUGAGAGAAGAACAAGACGCUGCAUAUUUUGAGGCUUUGAAAAUUGACAAGGAAAAAGAAAAGCUCAGAAGCUUACCCUCAAAAGAGAAAGUUCAGAUUCAGAAGUCAGUGGAAACUCAGAAUAUCAUAAGUAAUGGAAAGUUAAAGAUCAAUUCUAGCGAGAAAAAAGACAAAGGAAUCGUGGUUAGGGGGAAAGAGACUCAAGUUGCUGAGAUACUGAUAAGGUUUCCAAAUGGAGAAAGAAGAGAACAUAGUUUUCAAUGCAGUGACAAAAUUCAGUCCAUUUUCUCAUAUGUUGACUCAUUAGGUUUGUCUGUACUUGGGAACUAUAGAUUAGUAUCAAAUUUUCCUAAAAGAGUUUAUGGUGUUGAUCAAAUGAGAAUGACUCUCAAAGAUGCUGGUUUGUAUCCUAAAGCUAGUUUGUUUUUGGAGCCUUUAUGAACAAGAGUCUCACAACCAUGUUAACAUGCACAAUCCUUUGAGGGUAUUUGAGGUUGUGCAAGUAGAGCAUAGUUAAACUUUGGUUAAAUAAAGGUUCAUAAUUGAUAUGUU